AGUGACACGGCGCAGCCGCGCAGUACUAUUGGUCACCGGAUCGAACUGGACAAAGACCAUUCUACCCCGAAAUUAACCAAGCUCAUCAGUCAUCGCCCUUCCAUGGCACCGAAGCUAGACAAAAGCUCAAGAAAUUCUGAAUGAGACCCAAAGCUUCGCUUCGAACUCCGAUAUUUCACCGAUAUGGCUACACCGUUUUUAGCUGGGCUUGCAGUAGCUGCCGCUGCUCUUGCUAGUAGAUAUGGGAUCCAGGCUUGGCAAGCAUUCAAGGCACGUCCACCAAAGGCCAGAAUGCGCAAAUUUUAUGAGGGUGGUUUCCAGCCGUCGAUGACGAAAAGGGAAGCAGCUCUUAUUCUUGGUAUUAGGGAGAAUGCAGCGCCAGACAAGGUCAAAGAAGCACAUAGAAAAGUAAUGGUUGCAAACCAUCCUGAUGCAGGUGGUAGCCAUUACCUUGCUUCCAAAAUCAAUGAAGCUAAGGACGUGAUGCUUGGAAAGACAAAGGGCAGCGGAUCUGCGUUCUAAUAUUAUUCCAAGUUUCUUUGAUUUUGCAAUCCCACAAGUGAAAUUUGUCCUCUCAUUGUAAUCUUUAACCUAUAAAAGGUCAUGCUUGCCCUUAAAGUGUUUUUCCUGUUGUUCGGGAGUCGCAUUUUCAUAGCACUAUUUCUUAUUGCUAUCAUUUUCUUCUUGAAACUGUGUUAAUUCAA